GAAAACGCAAUGACAGUUUAUUCUGAAAGGCACUAAUAAGAAGUUGUGUUAAUUUUUUUUUUACACUUUUAACAACAUCCGUUAACGUGCUUUGGAAGUGUGUUUCUGUCCUUAUGGACUCAUCUGGACCCAUAACAUCUGAAAUAUCAGCUUGACCAUGGAGUCUUCUCCAUCUUCAACAGCCUCAUGUGACAUAAAGAAAAGAAAAAAGGAGGCUCCAUUAGAACAUGAGGGCAUCAAAAGAAUGAAGACUGAGGAGGAAGGUGAUGGGGAUCUCCAGCGAAGACCUUCUGGUUCAGCGAGGCUCUCGGUGCAUCUCGAUUGUUUGCAGCGGCCGAUCACACUGGCUGAGCUGAUGGAGUUGCUUCAUUUUGCUGCUCUGGGGAAAGGAGGAGGCCUCAAACAGCCUAGUUGGUGCCGUGUCCACCAUCAAAGGAAGGUCAGUGGUGUAAAUGUUGUAAUUGUUGAGGGGCUGACGCAGAGUCUUUUCUACAAGAACUACCUCUCAGUGGAGCAUCUCAAGACCAGCUACACCACCAGGAUUACCUUCACUCCAUCAUCUAACAACGUAGCUUCUGAAAUCUUUAGCCUUGAAGUUCCUAACCUGGACUUUUUAUCUGUUUCUAAACCAGAGGAGACGCUUCAUAAAGCUCUGAAACAUCACCCGGUUAUCACUAUGUUUGGCACACAGAGGAGAGGACUCACUGCAUAUGUUCUAAGCCAACAACAGAUGAUAAAAAACCACUAUCCAGUCAAGGGAUUUCCAGGUUUCGAGGAGUUUUUGAGCACAGGCAGCGAUGUCUGUGUAACCGAUGACAGCCCACUGUAUGGACUCGACUGUGAAAUGUGCCUGACAGAAAAAGGAUAUGAGCUGGCUCGUGCUUCUCUGGUGGACAGCGAUGGUAACUGUGUGCUGGAUGAGCUGGUGAAACCUCAAAACCGUGUCUUCAACUAUCUGACAAAGUUCUCAGGUAUCACUGCGGCCAUGUUGAGGCCGAUCACCACCACCCUGAGGGAUGUUCAGGCAAAGAUCAGGAUGCUGUUACCAGACAAUGCAGUUCUGGUGGGACAUUCCCUCAACAAUGACCUCAUCGCACUAAAACUCAUCCACCAACAUGUGAUCGACACCUCCCUGCUGUACAGGAGGGAAUUUGGACAGAAGUUUAAGCUCAAGGUUCUGGCCGAGGCAUUGCUGAAGAGGCAGAUCCAAACUGAGGAGAAGAGGGGUCAUAAUCCCACUGAGGACGCUGUGGCAGCACUGGAGCUGGCCCAGUACUUCAUCAAAACAGGACCCCUUCAGGUUGUGGAGCUUCAUCUGGAGGAGCUGUGGGGUUAUACCGUAGAGGAGGAGUCCCCUAAAAGAACACCAGCACCAAGUCCAAGUUACAGGUUUGCUGAUGUUUUGCAGACGCUCGGCCGCUCUGUAGCAUAUUUUGGAAAGCGGGCUGACGUGGCGCUGGAUCUGUCCCAUCAGUGCUGGUACAGCUCUGACAAAGAGAUACUGACAUCUUUCAGGAAACAGAUGAAGCACCCAUUCCUGUCUGUCCUUCAGCUUUCCUCCUUCUCAGACCAUCUGAAAGGAAGCUGCGCUCAUCAGCAGCAGCUGUAUCACAAUGUGUGUGCAAACCUUCUGGACAUGUGUGCAGUGUUCGCUGGACCAUUCCCUGCUGGUUUCUCUAAAAGAGACGUGAGGCGGCUGUUUUGUUGCUGUGGGCCGGUUCGGAAAGUCCAAAUGUUGAACACAAGCGUCAGGAUGCAUGCCAAGGUGGAGUUUUGGAUGCUGGAAGGAGCAAUGCUAGCUUUAAAAGUGUUGAAUGGACUCAGUGUGCUGGGUCAGACCAUAAAGGUGCAGAGGCCUGUAAAUGAAUCAACGCUGGACUUGGAUCUGAAUCUUGAUGCUUUAAUGCGUGACGAACUUAACACCAAUCGCCUUUAUGUUGUUAAACUGAGACACGAUGCAGCUCAGGGACUGAACAUCUCUACCAGGGUUAAUGGAUGUCUGUCAGAUGCAAAAUGUUCAGGUUUCCCUCCUGGUAGACAGAUGAAUGGGUUGCUACAGACUGCUAAAAUAAAUGGUAAACAGUUGCAUCCCUGCACAACCAAAUCUGAACUGUGUGAGGAGAGUGUCAGAAAGACAUUCAGUCGCUUUGGUUCGAUAAAAAGCCUCGUCCUGCCUGGCAAACAUGGAAAACACGCAAGGCAUGCAUGCAUAGAGUUUGAGAGUCCUGAGGGCAAAUGCGCUGCACUCAACUCCUCCGAGCAUCUCCUGGAGGACAGUUAUCUAGUAUGGCCGUCUGUGACUCCACCCCACUUACUUACAUGGGUUGGCAUGACGACGAAGAGGAAAACAGAAAUGGAAGAAGGGGAGACAGCAGAGGAGCAGAGACCUGACUCUUUAGAUGACGGUUCUCAGGAUCAGGAAACGGGUCUCCUGAAGAAGCUGGACCAUCGACUGAAUAAAAUCUUCAACUCACUCCCAGACGGCACCUUGUCUGUGGUGCUGCUGCUCGGACUCACCAGCACAACGUGUGAUCAUCCUGGUUUAUGUUUUUUGGAAAUCAAAAAUGGGUCUUGAGAAAGUAAUCCUGAUUUACUCGGAGUGAACUUUGCAGACAUUGGAUGACUUUACUUUCAGUGGAAGAACGGGAGACUUCAUCAUAGCCAGAACAGAUUAAACAUCAGCUCAUUACAUUUCUGUGAUUCACUUUUAGUAAAUGUAGAGUAAAAAGUAAUGGUGGGAUCGCUUUGCCUUUAAAUCAAAUUUAAUAAAAAUCUGAAAUGUCAAAAGAUUUCUUUAAUAGCUAUUUUUAAACGGUGGAAAUUAAGGCAUUUUCAAAGUGAUUCUAUUGGAAUGAAGUUUUUAACUUUGGAAUUUUAAUAUGAAUAAAUUUUAUGUUUACACAAA